AUGACUACAAGUUCCAACAGGGUUCAUACGGAUUGUGUUUCCAACCGGAAGCAUGGGCGUCAUGACCCUCCCUGCGGAAAAAGCUAUUCUCCGCACGGAACUGUCACAUCCCCCGGUGCGUCCCAGGACUCCAAGGCCGAAGAGAAUGGCUCGACACGACCCAAGAGAAAGACCAAGCCCAAUCGCGGUUUUGAUCCAGCUGCUCAAGUAGCCAGAGACGCUUCGGCCGUCGAGCAGCCUCCACCAGCUCCAGAUAGACCUCGUCCUGAUGGUUCAGGGGGCACAUUUCAGCUCAACCUGGCCAACAACACGGUUGACAGAAACCAGAUGACUACAAGUUCCAACAGGGUUCAUACGGAUUGUGUUUCCAACCGGAAGCAUGGGCGUCAUAACCCUCCCUGCGGAAAAAGCUAUUCUCCGCACGGAACUGUCACAUCCCCCGGUGCGUCCCAGGACUCCAAGGCCGAAGAGAAUGGCUCGACACGACCCAAGAGAAAGACCAAGCCCAAUCGCGGUUUUGAUCCAGCUGCUCAAGUAGCCAGAGACGCUACGGCCGUCGAGCAGCCUCCACCAGCUCCAGGUUCGCACGGCUACUUCUCUACUUCGCAUGCACCCAUUCAGUAAUUAAUUACACACAUCUUGCUUCCCAUAUCCGCUAACAUAUAUACUCCGCGGCAUUUGCCGUUUCAGAUAGACCUCGUCCUGAUGGUUCAGGGGGCACAUUUCAGCUCAACCUGGCCAACAACACGGUUGACAGAAACCAGAUGACUACAAGUUCCAACAGGGUUCAUACGGAUUGUGUUUCCAACCGGAAGCAUGGGCGUCAUGACCCUCCCUGCGGAAAAAGCUAUUCUCCGCACGGAACUGUCACAUCCCCUGGUGCGUCCCAGGACUCCAAGGCCGAAGAGAAUGGCUCGACACGACCCAAGAGAAAGACCAAGCCCAAUCGCGGUUUUGAUCCAGCUGCUCAAGUAGCCAGAGACGCUUCGGUCGUCGAGCAGCCUCCACCAGCUCCAGGUUCGCACGGCUACUUCUCUACUUCGCAUGCACCCAUUCAGUAAUUAAUUACACACAUCUUGCUUCCCAUAUCCGCUAACAUAUAUACUCCGCGGCAUUUGCC